GAUCAACAGCAAUCGACGCUCAUGGCGGCUCCCAUGGCGGCUCUACGUCGGCUUUCCGGCUCUUCUGUCGCUGCGGGACUGGGGAAGCUGCUUACUGCUAGCAAUGAUGCAAAGCACCUGCCGCUGGGUGGCCUCCUGUUGCGUUGGCCGCCAUUCAGCACAGGCAAUGCUGUGCCAGUGGUGCACACGGGUGUCCUACCGCAGGGGUGGUCUCACUACUGUGCUCAGGAGUCAAGCUCAGUGGCACAUCAUCGGUUACAAAGCUGGCAGAACCCCCCAUCAGCAGUUGUGGACACGCUCUUGGGAUGGCGUGUGCAGCAGGGUCAAGAUGGGCGCCCCUUGACUUGUGCGACUCUUGGAAGCAGCUACUCUGAGUUGGAGUCCCAGUCACUGCCAGCGCCCUCCCUACUCCUGAAUCUAGCAGCAGGGCGCCACUGCUGCACCACUACGGAGCAUGAUUGCGCUGCUGAAUAUCCUUUUACUGGUGGUACAGCAGCAGAACUUCAAUCAUCAGGCGCGCAACCCCCCAAUACUCAUUUCCACUUGAAGCAGAGCAGAAUCCUGGCCCGCACCCCUGCGGCGUGGCUUAGUUUGUCGCCCGGUUUGCACGUGCGGCACUUCAGCCAGGACGUGCGGGCCAAGCCCCGCGUGGCGCAGGUGCGCACCUUGCGGUUGGCGGCGCAGAGCGUCAACACGGUGGUGGAACCAUACAAGAAGCCGCGGGUGCUGCCGCUAUGGAGGCGGUGGCUGACGCUGGAGGGCUGGCGCGUGCGCAAGGACAACAUACUGAGCUACCUCAAGACGGGGUACGCCAUUGCCAAGGUGAAGCGCGCCAUCCCGGGAUACAACGUGCCGCUGUUCUUCCGCGACGUGACUCGCCUGUACCUGGCCAUCAACCGCGCGUUGGCGGCAGGCGACACGGGCGUGCUGCGCGGCCUGGUGACGGAGCGCACGCUGGGCCAAAUGAAGCAGGAGCUCGAGGUGCGCCGCCGCGGGGGCUGGGCCUCCGUCGCGUGGGACCUGCCCGACCCCGCCGCCAUGCAGUGCCGCACCGUGCACGGCAGGAUGGUGGGCGUGGACCCCAAGAACACGAGCCUCGCGUUUGCGCAGGUCACCGUGCGGCUGCGGAGCCGCCAGAAGUUUGCGGCAUACGACCGCAAAGGCCACCUGCUGGCGGGCAGCCCCGAGCAGGAACUGGAGGUGGAGGACCACUGGGUGUUUGAGCGCGCGCUGUGGAUCAAGGACGCGCACUGGCGCCUCUGCGGCCGCCUCACUCUGUGACCUUGGCCGGGUGUCGUGGGUCGCAGCUAGCUCGAGCUACGGACGAUACAUUCAAGGCUCUUCAAGCGGAUGGCCUUGGACCGAGGGGUAUAAGUGGAGAUCAGGAGCGAUGUACCUUGAGAGAAGUCUCCAUAAGAAGGACACACGCCAUGACACUCACUCACGGCGCUGGCAGGGGGGUCCGUAAGGUGAACUGCGGGCGCAGCGCCACUUGAGAGAUCAGCUGUUGCAGGGGCUCCAUUGUGCGAGAUUCGAGCUGCUGGCAUACUUUGGGACGGGCUCGAGCUGAAACGCUCAGAGAUCAAGUGUCCUUCAUCGAUCUUUUACUGAUGGGCAUGUGAAGAUGCAAUGCCCAUAGAGUCGGUGCAUGACGCGAAUAUUUUCUUGGCAUAUCAACCUAGGAUCCAGU